UUUGUUAUUUGUGCUGAAUUUUAAAAUUUUAUGAAAAAAGUUGACCCUACCAAAAAAAACCCAAAAGUUUUUUCCCCAAAACAACUAUUUUUUAAAAAAAUAAAAUAAAAAAUGGCAAAGAAGGGAAGUAACGAUAAGAAAGAAGCUGGUAAUGCCAAGAAGGCUGCAUCCAAGGCCGAGAAAGAUAACAAGAAGGCUGCUGCCUCUGAAGCUGCCGAGUCUGAGAAAUGGGCUCAAGGUGCAAAGGGAAAGAACAACAAGAAGGAAGAUGCCGAAGCCAAGAAGGCUGCUCUUGCUGAAAAGAAGGCCGAAGCCGCUAGACUCUUGGCUGAAGAAGAGAAGCAAUUCAAGUCAAAGCCUACAUUAAAGGGUGUCGAUAAAAAAGCUGCACAAAAGUCUGCCAAGCACGAAGCUGUUGGUCAAACCAAGCGUGUCAUUCCUGAAUUCUCAGCUACAGGUAUCGAUGAUGCACUUGAUCUUUUGUCUAUUGAUGAUACAGGAUCCAAAGCCAAGGAUGUUGAGAAGCAUCCUGAACGUCGUUUCAAGGGUGCUUUGGCUGCCUUUGAAGAACGUGAAUUACCCAACUUUAAGAAGGAUUAUCCCGGUUUGCGUUUGAGUCAACUUAAGGAUUUGAUUUAUAAGGCUUUCCAAAAGUCACCCGAGAAUCCUUUCAACCAAUCCAACAUUGUUCAAUACAACGCUACUCAAGAAGAAGCUGAAGCAAUGAAGUCCAACAAGAAGAAGGCUAUUGAAGAACGUCUUCGUACAAACUAAAUACAAGUAUAUUGAAAUAAAUUCUUUAUUAUAAUCU